CUGCUACUAGUACAGAUGUUGACAGAGACCGCGCAGUGCAACAGCAUCUCCGCUUUUACACCAUAAGCCGGACUGUUUUUCAGAGAGGAGCCCGUCACAUUACAGACUACUUCCACCAUGGGGAAAGUUGAAGGCGGGAUGAAAUGUGUGAAAUAUCUGCUCUUCUUGUUCAACUUUAUAUUCUGGUUGAUGGGCUCGCUGGUUCUGGCUGUGGGCCUCUGGCUGAGGCUAGAUCCAAAUACUAUGUCUCUUUUAGGAAAUGGAGGACCUGAUACCUUCUUUAUCGGGGUCUAUAUCCUCAUCGCAGCCGGGGCUCUGGUGAUGCUGGUGGGCUUCUUCGGCUGCUGUGGUGCUGUGAGGGAGUCUCAGUGCCUUCUGGGAUUGUUUUUCGCCUGUCUUCUGAUCAUCUUUGGAGCAGAAGUUGCUGCAGGAGUGUUUGGGUUCCUCAACAAAGAUGAGAUCAUUAAGGAAAUAAAAGAUUUCUACGAAAAAUCAGCAGGAACCGAAAGCAAUAAUACAGUCGUCGAGUCCUACCAUGCCGUUUUAAACUGCUGUGGAUCCACCAGUUUGUGUCCAGAUGCCAGAACAAACCAGACAUGUUAUGCGGCCAUUGAAGAGUUUUUUAACAGUAAGCUCUUCAUCGUGGGUUAUGUGGGAAUUGGAAUCGCAGGAGUCAUGAUCAUUGGCAUGAUCUUCAGUAUGGUCCUAUGCUGUGCAAUCCGCAACAGCAGGGAGGUGAUCUAACACCGUCUUCCCCAUCUGGACGUGACCUUUCACCUUUGACACUUAACCUUUGCUGGACUUGCAUAUACACCAAUAACAUUCCAACCAAGUUCAAGGUGUUCUUCCGCCACUCAGGAGCCGAAAAAACUCCACUUUCAUAAUCCUUUACACCUCAACCAACCGAUGGUUAGUCCAGCCUAGUUGUCUAAACUCUGUCAAAUUGCUGGAUAGUCUUUAUUUAAUGCCUGCUGGUUAGGUGCAGAGCUGGAUCUUCCAAACGUGACAAAAACAAGACGCCUUUCUAUUAUUUCUUAAAAUCGUAUUAAUAUAAUUUAGAUUUUUGACUUCCGUUUUAGCGCACACACCGAGCAGCUCCUUCUGCAAGAGUUUGCAGAUUUAUGUAUUGAUGCUAUUCUAGGCUGUUGCUGCGUGGCUUGCAUGUCAGAUAAAAAUAUUGUGUAAUGUGAUGCCAGGGGUUCUGUGGCAAACCCACGGCCGCUGGGAACGGUGAUAAGAAGACCUACAGAUGCCUUUCACUUUACAUUUGUACACAAACAAAGUCGUCUUCUAUGUCACCGACUCAUUCUGAACGAAAAUAAACACUUACCGAAGAAUCAGAACAUGUACACAAAACUCUUCAGAAGAACCCUCUUACAGGGACAGUUCACCCCAAAGUUACAAUUUUGUGAUCAUUUACUCACCCUCAUGUUGUUCCAAACCUGAUUGAGUUUCUUUGAACACAAAAAAAGAUAUUUUGAAGAAUGUUGGUAACCAAACAGUUGAUGGUAGCCAUUAUGAAGAAAAAUACUAUGGAAGUCAAUGGGUAUCAUCAACUGUUUGGUUACCAACAUUCUUCAAAAUAUCUUCUUUCGUUGUUCCACAGCUGAAAGAACACUAUACAGGUUUGGAAGAACUCGAGGGUGAGUAAAUGAUGAUUUUUAGGGGAAUCGUUUCUCUGAAGUCUCUGAAUUUCUCCAUGUCCUUUCCAAUUCAGGAAAGGCACACUAACACAUAUUCCCAGCUCUGCUUUCUUGCGUUUAAACUCAUGCUAACACCGAUGAUCGGGUUUCUGUUAUGCAAUAGCUGAGCUCAUCUGAAGCCCCCACUGAUAACGGUACACCCCGCUAUUCUCUGGCACGAUGGAGCCAAAUCUUCUCAUUCUCAAGGUGGAUCUUUUGGUGUAGUGUUGCUUGGUUAUUUUACAAAUGCAGCUAAGUAAAGGCUUGAGGCUGAAGAUCCACUGACGCUCCGUUGUGCCUGCCAUCGUUUAUUAGUCCAUCCGCACUGUGAAAAUGAAACGGAUCAGACAUGAUGAAAAGCAUUUGAUUCAUUUGCUUGAUUGAUUCAACAAGUGAGGGUGGUCCAAGCAGCAUCCUUAAGUGGAGUUAUUAAAAGAAGAGUUGUUAUUUUUAUUAUUUUAGCAUGCAUUUAUAUAAUUGGGAGGCUGACCAUGCAAAUUCCUUUGUACAAGGUCACACAUUGACUUAUUUAAUUAGUAUUGUUCUUUUUUUGUAGUUUAGUCGUAGUUUUUGUGAUUUUAUUGAAUCGGACAGUGAAAGUGAGACAGUAACGAGAGAAGGAAACUGGAUCAGGAAAGGAACUCAGGUCACUCGAGGUGCAUCUGCGCCAUAUGUCGUAUUUUAAGGUUUUUAAUUAGAUUUUGUUUUCCAGAUUUUCAAUGAGGUCUCACACUUUCGAACCCAACAUUUUAGCCUAAAUCUUUGAUGUUAGACAAAAAUUUUGUCAACUAUGCUUUAACUUCAGAAGAUCAGAUUCAGGAGCGAAGGGAGUGAAGUAUCUCUGUUGUAAUGAAUCAAACUUGCCACAUUACUGAACUGAAACUGGCUCAGUUAUAAUGAACUUACAGUCUCAUAUAGUCACAUUAGCAAUAUUUCUGCAAAAUUUCACAAGACACAAAAUGAUCCAUUGUCAUUACUGUAGCAAUGCUUAAAGCGCAACUCACACAAAAGUGACUUUCAAACCAAGCAGUUUUCUGUUGGUUAGUCUGACCAACUUUAACAUGAGCGAAAUCUAUGUGGGGAACUUAUUCAAACAUGGAGAUUCCUAUUGAAAUGUUUGGAUUUUGCCUGUGAAAUUUCGCAGAGCAACAGUAAAUGUGAGUGUAUCUUCAGUCUUAAAUUCUGUGUACAUAUCUGUGAGAGUUUGAUAAGUUGUCAUAGUUGUAGCGAUCAUGAACGUCUGUAUUGUGCGAGUGAUGUGUAUAGAGGCAGUUUUGGCCAGUGUACAGCAAUUUUGUUUCAUAUUUUGCAUUUGAAUAUUAAGGUGCCUUUUUUUAUUUAUCUGAAAAGACAACCUGGUAUUUGGUUGAACGUUUUUAAUGAAAGGAUUGGAAAAGGGACAAAAUGUCUUUUUUUGUUAUUUUGUUAUUUAUAACGGGACAGCCGUUGGUUGGUCAGAUAUAUUUCUGCUGGUGCGUCACUGCUGAAGUUCCUCAAGUUGAAGUGGCAUUAGAGUAGCGAUUAGGAUACGUCGUAGCCGAUGCUAACAGAGAGUAACACAUGAAACAAGUGUUCCGCUCACAUUCAAUGUUGAUGUAGAUCUGUCCUCAUACCCAAACGCAACCCGGUUGCGGUUGUUCAGACUGUAAAAUAACUAGUGUGGAGCAUGUUAGUGUGGCUUUCAGGUAGAGGCUCUGUUGUAAUCUAUUUUUAGUGUGCUAUGUCAAGGGUUUUUUUUUUUUUUACUGUAAACAUAACACUGCAGUCUUUGGAUGUUAGUUCAUAAUGUGUGUAAUUUAUUUUCUGGAGAACAAGUUCAAAACAGCAUUCAAGUUUCUCAGGAACAUUGCAGCACGAGAACAAAUAAACUUGUUUGAAGUUUCCAAUUCUUGUGGUUUUCAGAUUUUCAUGUGACCAGCAUAGAACAUGUUGAAAGGACUGUCAAUUAAAAUAAACAUUUUUAUGA